UACGUGGUUUUCGUUUCAGAAAAAAAAAAUGAUUCCUUUGGAGAAUCCGGUAGGCCAAAAAUGGGAUGGCAGAUCGAUCCAUUUGGUCAUAGCAAAGAGAUGGCUUCCAUAUUUGCUCAAGUGGGUUUCGACGGUUUACUAUUGGGCAGAAUUGAUUACCAAGAAAAGGAUUUUAGAUUAUCGACAAAAACUGCGGAAGUAGUUUGGCGGUCUAGCCAAAAUUUAGGUAAACAUAUUGCUGAAAGUAUUGUAGAAGAAAGCAAAUACAAAAAGGCGAAUGAGGAUCCUGGUGACCACGAGACUGAUAUUAAUCCUGAAUGUUUUACAGUAAGCUUAGAAGAGAAUGAAGCCAAUAGGAAUGAAAAUGAAAUAAUUGAGAAUGAAAGCGAUGAGGAACCAUUUCAUGCAGACUCUGAUACUGACCCAGAUUACAUUCCGACAGUCAGCUUAGAAGAGAAUGAAGCCAAUAGGAAUGAAAAUGAAAUAAUUGAGAAUGAAAGCGAUGAGGAACCAUUUCAUGCAGACUCUGAUACUGACCUAGAUUACAUUCCGACAGUAAGCUUAGAAGAGAAUGAAGCCAAUAGGAAUGAAAAUGAAAUAAUUGAGAAUGAAAGCGAUGAGGAACCAUUUCAUGCAGACUCUGAUACUGACCCAGAUUACAUUCCGACAGUAAGCUUAGAAGAGAAUGAAGCCAAUAGGAAUGAAAAUGAAAUAAUUGAGAAUGAAAGCGACGAGGAACCAUUUCAUGCAGACUCUGAUACUGACCCAGAUUACAUUCCGACAGAAGACAAAAACAUCCCUGAAGUAAUAAUUGAACCUAAUAAGAAUAUAACUGAAGCAACCACAAAUAGAAAGAGAAGAAGCAGAGGCAAUAUAGAGAGAGUAAGUAGGAAAAUAAUUAGAGACGUUAGUGAGUGGACGGAUGAAAAAUCUAAAACAAGUCUAAACCUGUGA